AUGUCGUUGCCAGAUGAAAGCUCCUUUGGAGACUCUGUCCAAAAUGCGGUACGGCAAGCCGUGGCAGACCAGAAACCGUUAUUCGUGUUCUUAAAAGACCUGACCAACACGGACUUGAAUCAACAACUUCUAAACAAGUAUCUUUCAUCAUUGCCGGCGGAGAAGCUCAAAGAGAAGUUUAUUCUUUUGAAACUAACACACGGCACACCGGACUUUGGGUAUUUUGAACAACUUUUCAGCAGUUUGGUGGUACCCAGUUUUUGCGUGGUGAUCCAGGGGAAAUUGCAACACAUACUAAGCAACGAAGGGAGCACUGAAGAUUUUGAAAAGCUAAUUGGCGAGAUGGGAGUCGAGAGAUUAAACCAACAAGAAGCGGUUGCUUCUGCAUCAGCUGCAGAGACAUCAAACAACAACACACUGGAGUCGCGAAGACCUCCACAUGAACUGCAACCACUGUCACGGCCAUCUACUAGCACCACCAACAACGCCAACUCCAGCACAAGUCCUCAGCAGGUACUCAGUCCACACGAAAAGACUGUAUUGAGACACAAGGAAAUUAUUGCCGAACAAAGGCGAAGCCAGAUGCAGGAAAAAAAGCGGCUACGAGAUCUAUUGGAAGCCGACAGGAGAGAGAUGCAUAGCAGAAUGAGAGCAGAGCAGAGACAGAAUGAUAAAAGCUUACCAGAAUCGGGUCGAAACAUGGGAACGGGAACGGGACCGAACCAUGCCAGAAACGUUUCUUCUUCCUUGUGCACGUUGGCAAUCAAACUCUUUGAUGGAAGCACCAUUCGACACGAGUUUGAGUCGCAGCAAACUUUGACCGAUGUACGAAAUUACCUCGACGAAGAAAUCAAGGUGAUUCCAUCGACUGGGAAAUUGCCCGCGUUUGCAACUACAUUCCAGCCCACGGGCUAUCAAUUCCAUAGACCUACUUUGCCAAGAAUCACCUACUCGGAAGAGCAAGAGUCGUCGUCGCUUCAAAAACUCGACUUGACACCCAGAUCCAUCCUCAUCUUGAAGCCGACUUAUAACGACCCCAGCGCUGGAGAUGUUGCUCCCGAUGGAGAGAAACUCGGAGUCAUCAGAAGCAUUUACCGAGGAGUGAGAAGAUUAGGGUCGGCGCUUUACUCGUUCUUUGACUAUGGUGUCGACGAUGUACACCAUUACGAAGGCGAGCAUCCCGCUAAUGCUCCUCCUGACCACGUUUUAGAUUUGCCUUACCCAGUUGCCCCUGGUCUCUUGUCUGUCGGUGACAGAGCAUUAUCUUCAUCUUUGAUCAGCAUUGAAACAGAUGAUCGAGACUCAACUGCUGCUCCCGAAUCAAGGCCAACGGAAUCCAGAUCAUCUACGCCGCGUUCAUUUUCCCUGAACCGAAUCCAAACUGUGCACGAUUCAAAUGAAAUUCGGAGGAUCGAUACUUACAAUGGCAAUAGCAUCAACUUGAAUGAACGAGAUGAUGAAUGA